AUGAAAUACGUCGCCGCCUACCUGUUGGCGCAACUCGCCGGAAAGGAAUCUCCGUCCGAGGCUGAUGUCAAGUCCAUCCUCGCCGGUGCCGCCGCCGAAGUCGAUGACUCCAAGCUUUCUGCGUUCUUCAAGGAGAUUGAGGGCAAGGACGUCGCGGCUUUGAUCGAGGAGGGUAACAAGAAGCUCGCCUCCGUCCCGGCCGCCGGAGCGGCUCCGGCCGGCGGCGCCGCCGCCGCCGGCGGCGACGCCGCCGGUGGUGCCGCCGCUGCGGCCCCGGAAGAAGAAGAGGAAGAAGCCGAAAUGGACUUCGAUCUCUUCGAUUAA